CCUAUCCUCUGGGUUGCAGCGGGGGGCGGGACCUACACGUCACUCAAGGAUCACUUGGUGGAGAGAACGUUGCUGCAGAAGUUCUUUAAAGAGCGGGACAAAAGUAUUUCAGAAAAUGGGUUAUGACACUGAGCGCUUUGUGGGUUACGUAAAUGAAGGACUGCUGUGCUCUAUCUGCCGAGAUGUUUUGGAAGAGGCGCUGCAGGCUCCCUGCGAACAUGCCUUCUGCACUUCCUGCAUACAUGGGUGGCUUGUCCAUCACAACAACUGCCCAGAAGAUCGCCAGCCACUUGAUCUAACUGUCCUUCGGCCACUUUACAGGUAUAUGAAGAACGAUCUGAAUCGGCUUCAGCUUCAUUGUAGAAACAGAGAAUGUGGCUGUGAAAUGGUGUGUUCUUUGGAAUCCAUCAGCCGACAUGAACAUGAGUGUGUAUACAGCCAGAUUCCCUGCUCAAACAGUGGUUGCCCAGUUCAAGUUGAGCGGCGCCACUUGCACAGCCACUUGGCAGUGUGUGAGUAUCGGAGCCGUGAGUGCCCCAAUGGCUGUGGGUAUGCCAUGCUCAGCACAGACAGCAGCGCACAGCACAACUGUGUUGCAGAGCUGAGGACAGAGCUAGAACUGCUCAGGUCAGAGAUGAUCUACCGAGUGGAAGAAGCAAAACAUGAGAUAGAAUCUCGCUUAGAUUCUCAAAGGAGGCAUAUGGUGCAAAAAGAGAGCCUUUUGCAAAAUGAAAUUGAAAUGUUAAAGAGUCAGAUGUCUAGAAUGAUGUUUGACAUACAGACGCUGAUGGCGACAGAGAGGCAACACCGUCAGCAGCUGGAACAGGCUGAGCUGGAGAAACAGGAACUGCUGGAGUUAAUGAAGGGUCUCCAGAAAGACUGCCGGUUGACUAGGGAUGGAAGCAAGAAAGCAACAAACCUCCGACCUUUGACACGGCUGGAAAGUUUGAAACGCAAGCCCCGGGAGAUGACUGUCCUAUAAGCAGAAAGCAGCUUUCAAACACUUGCUUUCACUGAACAGUUGGAACAACUGGAAUUCAAAGCCCUCCUCAAUCUGUAUUUGAACUUAUGCCUGUAAAGAAAAGCUGAUAAGAAAAGCAACAUAACUCUAUAUCUAAACGAGGUCUAAGUACCUUGGUGCUUGAUUUUGUAGGAACUUCUUGAUUUCUUUGGGUUUCUUUAUUUCCUUUCCACAUAGAAUACGUUGUGGAGGAUAGCACUUUUAGGAUUUAAGUGUUUCAGGGAGUAAAUUAGUAAUUUAAUGUGUGAAGAUUUUUGUAUUCCUUCUUACACAAAUAUGUAACAAAACUUGUAUUUCCAUUGCAUGCAGUUGAGACUUUUCCCGCCAUUAUAGACAUACUACCAUAGUUUAUCAAAGUCUCAUAGUUAAUGAGUCUUUUUAGUGCAAGCAUUAUAGGAAUAAAGCCAUAAAAUGAUUUUGCAAAAAAAUUAGAAAAUGAAAAAAAUACCUUUCAGUGGUGCGUUCACUAGAUGGCAAGUGCUUUGUUUAUAGCACCAGGUACAGUAGAGUCUCACUUAUCCAACAUAAACAGGCCGGCAGAACGUUGGAUAAGCGAAUAUGUUGGAUAAUAAGGAGAGAUUAAGGAGAAGCCUAUUAAACAUCAAAUUAGGUUAUGAUUUUACAAAUUAAGCACCAAAACAUCAUGUUAUACAACAAAUUUGACAGAAAAAGUAAUUCAAUAUGCAGUAAUACUACGUAAUUACUGUAUUUACAAAUUUAGCACCAAAAUAUCACGAAGUAUUGAAAACAUUGACUAUAAAAAUGCGUUGGAUAAUCCAGAACAUUGGAUAAGCGAAUGUUGGAUAAGUGAGACUCUACUGUAAUUAAAAAGUUACCUCAACUAUUGUAAUAGAAGUAAUUUGUAAAUUUCAAAAGAAAAUAUUUUGACUGGUUCACAACAUAGGCUUAUGAAUCAGAGGAAUAAUCCCUUUUGAUCAGGUUGAACAAAAAUGUAAAUUUAGCUUUGAUUUAAAGAGAAUACAUUUUGGAAGUGCCUUUUUUAAAACAUAAUAAACUUUUGGUGGAUAGAUAGAUAAAUAAACCAAAGAUUUUGUGGUAGGCUAGCAUUGAAGAUGUAAUCUUUUUCAAAUCAAGUCAUACUGCCAAGGAUCAGAUGAGACCUUAUAUGCAAACAAUCUUCAUUCCUUUUGCUAAAACAUGUUGUUUGUUCAAGGUCUUCUGUUAACUCAGGCCUACAGUUGUUUUCAUUUUUUAAAUUAUGCCAUUUUUGACUAGAAGUGGUGCAAUAUUUGGUUCCUAGUCCUGAAGAAUAAGCACCUAAGUUACAGAGAGAUGUUUGUCUCCUUAAACAAUAGCAUUGAAUCUUACCUCCAGUAGCUUAAAAGAAGUUAUUCCUAAUAGCCAUAAAUAAUUAGGUCAUAGUAUUAUUAAGUCUGGAAUGUCAGUAGGUAAAGGAUUGUAGCACUUUAGAGACUGAGAAAAAGCUGGCAGCAGAAGCUUUAAUGAACUCCUCACAUUCAUGGAGUGAAGUGCUGAAAACAGACCUUUAUUAUAUGUAUGAAUACCCAUAGAAAUGCAUAACUAGGCACUUCUUUCCAUGUAUCUAAAGUAGUAGACUUAAGUUUAUGAAAGCUUAUGCUCUCAAUUUCCUUUUCUUAUCCUGUAAGGCACUACAAUAUCUCUCGUUGCAUAUAUAAAUGCUUAAGACUCCUGAGAAAUUUAAAACAGCAUUGUACAAUUGUAAGGUGUUUUCUCCUGUCAUAAGUGCAUUGUCAAGAAAUCCUUCUAUGGCUGUGUGAGGUUAGUAGAUGAGCUAGCCAGCCUUCCGAAUACAAGUGUCAAUAAUGCUUUUCCACUGUAUGCUGAACCAGGUGUGUCAGAAUGGGAAAACAGUGGUGCACAGUAGCACUUAGGGUUAACAUGUCUUCCAGCAUUAUAAUUACUACAAAGUGCCAUAGACUGAAACUAUUAGAUGUAAAAGAAUUGUGACCAUUUUUGGAGAGGUUAAAUUGCUAGAAAAUAAUGUUUGCAAGCUAAUAAAGUAUUAACAUAG